GUCCAAGCCCAUAAAAGCCGUAAAGACAGGCACAUGCGCGUCUGCAUGGAUAGCAGCAGCAGUGUAGCAGUAGCAGCUGUGAGUACAGCAGCGAGAGGAAAGCGCGCGGUAUUCCCAGCAGCUCAAUUGGAGUUUUUUUACCAGAGUGCAGGACGCAUGGUGUCUCUACAGAGGAACCAGAGAUGAUGGAGAUGGACAGAAGCCACGUGUGAAGCUCCUGCGUGGUUUAUUUCAAGGAGAAGGAAGAGGAGGAAUUGGUGCAUUGGUGCAGAUCUGAGUCUACAGCCGUUCCGUCAGUCAUGCUGCCUUUAUUUCCAGUGUCCUCCGUGGAUCUGCGCGUAAAAGCGCACGCACGGGAGCCCGCUGCGCGCUGACCGGAGCGCGCGGGACGAAGGAGGGGGUGGGGUGGGGGUCCUGGACGAAUAUACACACACACAUAUGCACCAACACACACAUAUACACACACACACACACACGCUGGACGACGCGCUCUGAAUGGAUGCGGAUUAUCUGAAGGCUCCCUCUCCCGGACGCCACUCUAAUAACGCAGCGUGGAUCUUUCACCGAGCCUCGCGCCACUGGGAAUUUGUGUGUUUGUGUCCGGACUGCAGGUCUGCAUGGGUCCGAGCUAAGCUCCUUCCAUAGGAACGGAGUCUAAAAUGAAGUUAUGGGAUGUUCUAGCCACGUGUUUGUUGCUCCUGAGCUCUGCGUCCGCCCGUCCUCUGUUCCACAAACUGCAGCCGUCGAAGAGAGCCUCACUGCCACAGCAUUACACUGAGCCCCUCGCUGGGGACCCCGUCAUAGACUCCCGACCUGAAGCCGGCAGUCUGAAACAAGCUUUCAUGGAAGAACAAAAUGAUAUCAACGGCCUCUACCCAGAGCAGUUUGACGAUGUGAUGGACUUCAUCGAGGCGACCAUUGGUAGACUACGGAGGUCUCCGGAGGCGGACAAUGGCUUGGUGGGCAAGAAGGACAGGGGGAGACAGAGAGGAGCAGCAAACACCGACAGAGGAGGUCGGGGGCGAGGAGAAAAAAAGAAGGGUCGAGGACGGACUGGAGGCAGAGGGGGCAAAGGGAGUCGGGACGACCUGGUUAAAGGUCAGGGCCGCGGGUGCCUUCUCAAAGAAAUCCACCUCAACGUGACGGACCUCGGGUUGGGCUACCGGACCAAAGAGGAAUUGAUAUUCAGGUACUGCAGUGGUCCCUGCUUCGAUUCAGAGACCAACUACGACAAGAUCCUGAACAACCUCACCCACAACAAGAAGCUGGACAAAGAGUCGCCUUCGAGAACUUGCUGUCGGCCAAUCGCGUUCGACGACGACCUCUCGUUCUUGGACGACGACUUGGAGUACCACACUCUCAAGAAGCAUUCCGCCAAGAAGUGUGCCUGUGUCUGACUUGCGAGGUCAUGCGAAAAAAAAAAAGAGGGAGAAAAAGACACUUGGACAAAAAGCAGGAGUCUCGCACUUCACAGGGCUCAAGGCCAGUGCGAAGACUAAUGCUGCUUCUCGGAGGGAAAGUGCAGGGCUUGAGUGUGUCAUAGCUUAUUUUCCCCAGACACUCAAAAAGAACAGCCCGAGAAAAGCUAGCGGCGCACGUCAGAUAUGGUGGAAAUCUUUCGACCCGCAGGACUGAGGUUUAACAGCGAAAGCUUCGGGAAAAAAAGUACUUUACAGCUGAGGAGCAACGACUAAGUAUUCACUUUGUUACCAAACAAAACCAGAGCAUUUCCUUAUAAGUGCGGCUUAAAGUGUUUAAUGCUAUUUAAAUAGCAACAAUAACAUACUUCAUCAAUAAGUCACACACAAAUCACAUCCUGACAGCUGUACCAUUGAAGUAUACACAAACUGUAAUUUAGGACCUGUGCGUGGUAGCCCUUGGGAUGGGUGCUUUGGAGUUAGCGCACUGGAGAGGUUGUGGACAGCAACGAUUUUAUGGAUUUUUCCAUUAGCUGCAGAGCGCGGUGAACACUCGGACAUUUACUUACUCAGAAAAACCUGAGAGCGCCCUUCUCACGGUGCGGACUGACCGACCCCACAGCCACACAGUCAUGAUGGACUCGGACUCAUCCCAGAAAAUGUUUAAUAUUCAGAAAGUUAUCUAUAUAGUAUAUAUGAAAUGCGUAUUUAUUGAAAUCUAAUUAACUUAUUGUUAUUUAUUGCGAUCCAUUGUAUUAGAGUGUUUUUUUUUCGUAUUAUUAUUUAUUUGCGGAGCUUUUUUUUUUUCUCCUCCAUCUUGGACGGUGCCAAAGUUGGAGCACGUGUUUCUAAGGAAAAGCAGAUGACGUGAUAAUCUAGCCUCAAGGUUUUAGCUGUACAGUGAUCACUCACUCGUUAUAGGAGCCGUUGUUAGAACCCUGCCUCACACCUCGUUUCUGGAUAAAACAAAUGGUACAUUCAGACCUCAUUACACUAACCAAACAAUUACCAGAUGAUUUAACUUAAGGACGAGUGGACCAACGAUUCUGUGGAAGGGGAGGGAAAAUAAAACAGAAAAAGUUACAGGAAAACAGACAGCUUUUUGUUUAGUAAAUUGCAUGUAUGAUACACUAUAUGUUCAAAUGUUUAUGGACACCGUAUUUAAUGAAUGCAUUUGGGUGGUUCAAUUUGCACCCUUGCUUGCUGCUAACAGAGAUUUGGAAAGUGUCUCUGUAGAAGACAAACAUAUACUUAUUAAAACCAUCCCUCCUAAUGCUGGGCGUUGUCUACUGGAGGAAUAUACGAUAUACAAUAAACCUCCAGCACUGAUUUGUGAAAAAGUGAAUUGGGGUAUUGGUAACGAGGUGGAAUGGUGGAGUCAUCAACCAAUACAAAUUCUCAAAGCAAUGCAAUCCAUUAGAUUCCCUGAACAGAACAAACAGGUACUCUAACAACAAAAGCAGAAUAAACUCUGCUGAGCUUUUUAAUUCCCUUGCUUUUGGUAGAAAAAAUGAAGAUAAAAAACUGGCGUCCAAAUGCUUUUGUCCAUAUAGUGUAACACAAUAUUCACAAUAUUCCUCACGUUUCCUGUAAUCUUGUGUUGCUUAGGAAAACGAAUCAUGUAAAUGGGUUAGAGGAGGAGGAGGGGAAGGCAAGGCCUGUGGCAGACCAGUCAAUGUUUACUCAACGCGAGCAGUUUAAGCAAAAUGUUAACAUUGGCUCUCCAACUGCUCUACACCAAUUAUCUGUUUGCGAGAGAAAAUACAGCUCCUGCCCUGUGUGUUUAUUUUCAACCAAAAUAAAUCCACUACUGAGGAGGAGGUUUCUAGCAUAGCUACACCGUGCCCCAUGGAGACCCAGAAUCACAAAUAGAAAACAUCCUUCCAAACAAGUCAGUCAGGGGUUCCAACAGCGCUGCAUGAGAGGAUAUGCUACGCCAAGGCUAUGCUACGCUAGGGCUAAGUCUCCCAGUACCUGAUGAUGCCUUGUGUUUGUUUCUGAGGUCAUUAAGGCCACCUCAGCAGCUUGUUGGCCAAGUUUAAGCCCCCCUGAUCUGGGUUUAGAAAACGAUCCUCAAACAUUUGAACUUAAGCUGCUCCGCUAGUCGUGGCACCCUGGUGUUUAAGACCAUUUAAACAAGAUCUGCUUCUGUCUUCCUCAGCUGAAUUGGAGUAAACCUCCUAAACAGAAGGAGACAAAAACAGUUGGCGAGGACAGGCACGGCACGAGCUCUAGAGCUCCAGAACUCUAGUAAACAUACAGACAGAAAAGCAGGACUUCAGAAACAGCUGGCGAUGCUUACGUCACCGCCGUUCUGAGAGCAGAUUUUGGUCUCAGCCACACAGAAAGACCCCGGGGAAACGCCUCAACGAUUCCGUGGAUUACGGAGCAAAAUCUGGCCUCAUACAACAGGCAUGGAGCUAGCUUUACUCGAUAAUCCCUCCUAUAUAUACAGCGCACAGUACAAAAUCCAAAAAAUCCUCACAAUUCAGACGUUCUGGUGGGUAUUUAGGCCAAACUCCCCUCUUAAAUUGCUAAGUUAGCUCCAUAUUUAAUGUACUGUAGCUCAACUGUCCCCAACAGGCUCCUCAUCCAUCGCAAAAUAAUUCACGAAUAUGUUUCCAUAUACCGUGUUCUGUACUCUUCUGUCCUCAUGAUUAAGAUGAUGAUGAUGAUGAUGAAGAUGGUUUGCUGUACUGUUAAGUGUUCUGUUGUGACUAAAGUUUGUGGAUGCUUUUCAGGUGCUCUUAAGGUUGCUGGAAAUUUCAGAGAGUCUAUAAACACACACCAAAUUAAAAAAUGUUAAAAAAUUAAAAAAAUUAGAAUGAUAUGUGAUUAAUAUAUAUAUAUAUAUAUAUUUCCAGUAAGAAUUUGGGGGGAAGGUAGAUUGUAACGUUUCCAUCCUGCAGUGUAUUUGUCAAGUCCUGUGAAAAAGUUGUCUUGCUUGUUUUGUGUUACUGAACCAAAGCUCUCUACAGACUUUAUUUUUGUACAAUAUUCAUUUUAUAACUUUUUACAGAAUAAAACUCGUUUCUAUCA